UGACCCGCGGCCAUCCCCGCGCGCGGCGUGGAUCGCGGCCCGAGCCGCCAUUGUUCCGCCCAGGGACGACGGCGGGGCCUGGCACUGGCGCCGAGACGCCGCUUAGCGGCCGCCACUGGAGACACUCCCUCCCGCCGCCCCCCUCCUUCUGGCGGCGGCGGAGUGAGGCUGGCUAGGGGGACCUCGGAGCCCCCUCUCCUGGCGGCGGCAGCUGUCGAUCCCCGGCUCCGGCGCGAGGGGCGGCCGCGAUGCGCUCCGCCUGAGGCAGUCCGGCCCGGCCCUUCUUCGCCUCCCUUGACUCUUGUACAGCGUCUGUGCGCCCCAGCGUCAUCCUGCGAGUCUCGCUGACGGAGGGAAGAUGGCUGCACAGAGCUGGCAGGACGAGCUGGCCCGGCAGGCCGAGGAGGGCUCGGCUCGGCUGCGGGAAAUGCUUUCGGUUGGCCUAGGCUUUCUGCGCACCGAGCUGGGCCUCGACCUGGGGCUGGAGCCGAAGCGGUACCCGGGCUGGGUGAUCCUGGUGGGCACCGGCGCGCUGGGGCUGCUGCUGCUUCUCCUGCUCUGCUACGGCUGGGCCGCGGCUUGCGCCGGCGCCCGAAAAAAGCGGAGGAGCCCGCCCCGCAAGCGGGAGGAGGCGGCGGCAGUGCCGGCCCCGGCCCCGGCCCCUGACGAUCUAGCCCUGUUGAAGAAUCUUAGGAGCGAGGAGCAGAAGAAGAAAAACCGCAAGAAGUUGCCCGAGAAGCCCAAACCAAAUGGACGGACUGUUGAAGUGGCUGACGAGGAAGCUGUCCGAACUCCUCGAAGUAUUACAGCAAAGCAGCCCUUAGAGACAGAUAAGAAAAAUGAAAAGUCAAAGAAAAAUAAGAAGAAAUCAAAGUCAGAUGCUAAAGCAGUGCAAAACAGUUCACGCCAUGAUGGAAAGGAAGUUGAUGAAGGAGCCUGGGAAACUAAAAUUAGUCACAGAGAGAAACGACAGCAGCGUAAACGUGAUAAGGUGCAGACUGAUUCUGGUUCAUUGGAUUCAACUAUCCCUGGGAUAGAAAAUACCAUCACAGUUACCACCGAGCAACUUACAACUGCAUCAUUUCCUGUUGGUUCCAAGAAGAAUAAAGGUGAUUCUCAUCUAAAUGUUCAAGUUAGCAACUUUAAGUCUGGAAAAGGAGAUUCUACACUUCAGGUUCCUUCAGGAUUGAACGAAAACCUCACUGUAAAUGGAGGAGGCUGGAAUGAAAAGUCUGUAAAACUCUCCUCACAGAUCAGUGCAGGUGAGGAGAAGUGGAAUUCUGUUUCACCUGCUUCUGCAGGCAAGAGGAAAAGUGAGCCAUCUGCCUGGGGUCAAGACACUGGAGAUGCUAAUGUAAAUGGAAAAGACUGGGGAAGGAGUUGGAGUGACCGUUCAAUAUUUUCUGGCAUUGCUGCUUGGUCUAGUGUGGAUAGGGGAAUGAAUACCUCUGAACAGAAUUCUUCUUUUGCAUCUCUCACACUUAACUCUGCUGUUUCUGGGUCUACUGCUGAGCCAGUUUCUCAUUCUACCACUUCUGAUUAUCAGUGGGAUGUUAGCCGUAAUCAACCCUAUAUCGAUGAUGAAUGGUCUGGGUUAAAUGGUCUGUCUUCUGCUGAUCCCAGCUCUGAUUGGAAUGCACCAGCAGAAGAGUGGGGAAAUUGGGUAGAUGAAGAAAGAGCUUCACUUCUAAAGUCCCAGGAACCAAUUCCUGAUGAUCAAAAAGUUUCAGAUGAUGAUAAAGAAAAGGGAGAGGGAGCUCUUCCAACUGGGAAAUCUAAAAAGAAAAAAAAGAAAAAGAAGAAGCAAGGUGAAGAUAACUCUCCCGCACAGGACACAGAAGAAUUAGAAAAAGAAAUUAGGGAAGAGCUUCCAGUGAAUACCUCUAAAGUCCGUCCAAAACAGGAGAAAGCUUUUUCUUUGAAGACCAUAAGCACUAGUGAUCCAGCUGAAGCACUCAUCAAAAAUAGCCAGCCUAUCAAGACUCUUCCACCUGCUAUUUCUACCGAGCCAUCUGUUCUUUUAUCAAAAAGUGAUUCUGACAAGAGUUCAUCCCAAGUGCCACCGAUGCUACAAGAGACAGAUAAAUCCAAGUCAAAUACUAAGCAAAACAGUGUGCCUCCUUCACAGACCAAGUCUGAAACUAGCUGGGAAUCUCCCAAACAAAUAAAAAAGAAGAAAAAAGCCAGACGGGAAACGUGAAUAUAUUUUUCCUGAUUUGGACAUGUGUUUUCAAACACUGUCUGGAAGAUUAUGCUGUUUAUGCAAUAAUUUGUGAACAUGUACAGAGUUUUAUAUAAAUUUAAACCAAUUUUUAAAACAAAACUGUGAACACAACCACCAUAAAAAUGGAAUCAAAGGAAAGUUAAUUUAUGAAAUUCAGAGGUCAGCAGAAUAUACUCCAGUGCUGGAAGACACUUGGGGAAAGUCUUUUCAAUUGAACAAGAACGGUCUUAAUUUAAGCAUAUUAUCCUGGUUUUACAGCAGUGCCCUGUUUACAACAGCUUGUGCCCUGUCUCAUCUGCAGCUGAGGAAUAAAGGAUUCUGAUUAGAGAGAGAGCUGCCUGCGGAUGCGUAGGCAACAUCUGCGAUCUUAUGCACGGAACUUAAACCAUUUGAAUCUGUUUUAUGCUUAAAUCUAAGUGCUUUGAUCAAAUGCAUAAUCUGCCAUAUCUUUACAUAUAUGUUGGUAGCAAUUUGUAUUAAAGGAAUCACAAGUGCAAAUAAAAGGUCAUUUAUCAUUUGUUAACUAAACUCCUGGUUUAGUUUACAAUUUUUAAAAAGUUCUUAAUUAAAAACAUUGAACAUGCAGUUGAUGCUUGUAUGGCUUAUGAAGUUAUUUUUGAUAGUCUUACAUUACUUGAAUUGUUCAAAGUUCAGUAUAUUUUAAAUUAAGAAAGAUAAACUAUAUGUAUUUGUUUUAUACUUUUAAGGUUCAGACUCACAAAUAAUGCUCUUGUUUAGAAUUUGAAAACUUUCAGGCAAAAUGCAACUUAACAUUUUUCCCUUUCCCUAGCAGUUUCUUUUUUCCAACAUCAGCUCUUCUCUUCAUUGCUAAUACUUCUUCGACUUUAAAAAUGAAAUCUUUCACAAAUUAGUUAUACAGAAAGAACUUUGAGUAAAGGAUGGAGAAUGAAAAACUAGAGUCAGCUUUAAUUGACAUUGUCAAGACCUCCAGUUAUCAGGAAUACAUUUUUUUACUGCCUUAACCUAUAGUGCGUAGAAUAUGCAUCAAUUUCUUGAGGGGGAUUCGUGUUUUUAUAAGAAUUUUCAUGUAAUUAUUGCGAUCGUGGUCAAAUAAGGAACGUUUUCUGCUUGAAACUAUUGAUUUAAAUGACGUGUGAGAUGUUUCACCAUUUUCAGGCACUGUGUAAUUCUCUUGUAAUAAACUGGCAGGUAUCUUUGUAACUAUAAAUAGUGCAUGCUCAGCCAUGUACACUGUAAAUAGCCUUUACCAAACGUGUUUGACAAAGACCAUAAUUAACAUCACUUAGUGAAUUGUGAUAAAGAAAAAAAGCCAUGAUUUAUUUGAUGUGAUUGGCUUGUUUUUACGUGGCGCCAAGAAUGAAACUGUUUAACAGCUGUAACCAAUGGUACUGAUCUGUCCAUCCAAUCUUGUCUUUAUUAGAUCUGAUUGUGGUUUGAUAGUAUUGCAUUGUGACACUAGGAAAGCUAAAGAAACACAAUGGUUUUAGUAACUGCUGAAGACUGGCCUUAUUAAUGGACAGCUUUCCUAACAAGCAAUUAUUAACUUCUAUCAGGUGUUACCAUCUGUUUCAGGAACACGGCAGUAUGUUUACAUGUCAGAAGUCUUGUUUCAUUCUAUGAGGUUUCUAAAUUGAUUUGUUUAAAUAAAUUCAGCAAAUGGACAGCAUUGUGUUUAUUUGCUUCAAUAUUGGGGUAAAUAAGCUCAACUGCCAGGAAUUCAUUUCUUCAAAUGACUUUAUUCUGUGAGCUUUACAUAGAUGUUUCCUAAAUAGAUAAAGGAUUCCUGAAGUUGCCAGCACUUUGUGAAGAUAUCACAGAGAGUUUGAGAAGGAGUCUGUAUAAUUUUAGAAUGUGCCAAAAGAUCUAAGCUCAGAAAAUUCAAUUGAACUCUCUCAACUCUACCUCACCAUUUCUUUAUCUUAGAAUUUUGUUGGCUGAGUCAAAUGUUAGGCUUUAUUUCUCUGGCUUAGUAUCUCCCAGACAGCCACCUACAGCGGAUGUUAGGGACACUGUCUUUUGAGGAGAGAUCUAGUGUGGAGAUGGAGAAGUGCAUUGCUAAAUGGGUGGAUCCGGUGUGGAGAUGUCUCUGUCUCUCCAGCUCAAGAGCGAGGACGUGGAUUUUAUGUUUUACGAGAUGGCAGCUAUGAGUGAUAAAAUUAAUUUUUUUCAUAUGCAUGAGAUGAAAACUCUUGCACAAUUAAAGUAUCAUUGUUCAUUGCUCUUUACCUGUUCCAGAAGAUCUUUAUAUGGCAUUAAAUCAGUUUCUGGAAUCUGAACACAGGAACUUUUCUCCAUCAUCAACCUUAGAAGGCACUAAAAUGAAGGUAGCGAUUCAGGGAAGAGGGGAAAGAGAGGAACCUAUUGUCCUUUGGAGACUUGCAUUAGAUGCUACCCAAACUGUCAGUAGGAAGAUAACUGAUCCCUUUAGGCUUCAUCAAGCCUGAAGGGGAACCUUGUUCUAAUUAGCAAAUGAGGCGUCCUCAGAGAACCUGCUUAGAAAUCUCCCUAAUCCUGACCUGUCUCCUCGUACUUACUGAAAAUCUUUCGCUAACCUGGAGUGGGGUUUAGGAUUUCCCCAGACUGGAAUCCUACCUAUCUGUACCCCAGAUUGAGCAAAACAAUAGUUGAGAGAGUCCAAAAAAAAAAGGUGUUGAAAUAAAAUGUCGUUAAUGUAAUUUACCAUGUUUACUUUGUGCAUGCAUUUUGGGGGUGGGGGAAGCAGUGGAGAUAAUUUAUCCAAAUCUAAUGGUAUUAUUUCACAGGCGAAUCCAGUUUGUAUUUGGGUUAAAGAUCAUUGAAAGGCAAUAUUUAACUACAGAGUUUAGUUUUUCUUAAUUAAAAACAGUCCUCUAUUAACGUAGUGUGAAAUAUCUUUCAAAAUUGAGAAUUUAGGUUUAAGAUGUCUAAGAGAUGUCUUAAGACUUUUCUGUAAACUCAUUGCACAAACUGGAAUUACUUUCCAAAAGACUUAGGGAAUGCAAAUAUGUUAUUUGUAAAAUGCAUUGAGUGUUGUAAAUAAAACAAACCAUUUUUGUUUUGUUUAAAUUGCUCGUUACAGUUCUCUUAUGGGAAGGGACUUCAGUCAUUCUGCAUCUUAAGCUAGUCUAAAGGCAAUUAGUUUUUGAUGUUCUUGAUGCUUCUUUCAAACCAUAGAUGCAUUUGCAGGCUUUGCCAGUGGGAGGUCAGAUAUUUGGAGUUCAGCACCUCGUAAAAUAGCCGUUUGUGACGCACGAUGUUCUCCGUGGGAACCCGCUUCCAUCUGAGGUCAUCUUAGCAGUAGACACACCCCACCAGGUGCAGUGUCUAACUUGCAUCAGCGUUUUAGGUUAAGGAAAUGAGACUCAAAUUUGGUACUAUUAGUUGGGCCAUGUUCCCAGACAAUAGUGACUUAGAUAGAAGUUUAUUUCUUGUGCGUGCGUGUAAAAGUCAGGAAGGCGGUCCCCUCGACUGCGGUCCCCCCACGCUCAGCGCGCGGCUUCCAUGUCAAGGCUGCCGACAGCUACACAGCUGGGUAACACCGCCCCUGCCUUUAAGAGCACUUCUCGAGUUAUGCCACCACGUAGGCUCAUCAACUCAAACUCAAUCACUUGUUCCUACUAGCUACAAAGAGAACAGGAAAUAACAGUCUUUAUUCUGGCUGUCGUGGGCCAGUGAAUAUUCCAGGAUUCGUUACGGGGGAAGCGGUGGGGAGGUGGACAGGGAGCCCAGCUAGCGGUCCCUGUCACAGGGUUGGACACAUGCUGCGUUUUUCCUGCACCCAGGCAUCCUUUCUAAGGUCAGGUUUUACCGUUUCCAACGGAGCAGAAAUUCUGAAAUCUCUCAGAUACUGCUCAAGAGCAGCAGCUAGUCAUGUUCAAACUUAUGUGUAACAGCUUUCUGGAAGAAAUUCCUGCCAUUCAGUUCCUGCUUUAAAUUCUAGAGACAGGCUGGGGCACCUGGGUGGCUCAGUCGUUAAGCAUUUGUCUUCGGCUCGGGUCAUGAUCCCAGGGUCCUGGGAUUGAGCCCCGCAUCGGGCUCUCCGCUCGGCGGGAAGCCUGCUUCUCCCUCUUCCAUUCCCCCCUGCUUGUGUUCCCUCUCUCGCUGUCUCUCUCUCUGUCAAAAAAUAAAAUCUUUAAAAAAAAAAAAUUGUGGAGACAGGCUGAAGGAAACUCAGUAGCCUGCUAUCAUGCCUAUCCUGUAAGUAUCAUCACAAGUUCCAACAGAAAAAUUGCCCUGCUAUAUAAAGUAAUCUCUAAAAAAUAAAAAAGCAUUACUAUUCUUUCUAAAUGCUUUCACAGGAGAAGGAUUUCUAACUCUAGCAUCAGGACAGGAAGUACAUUGUGACAUGUUUGCUAACUAUUAAUAGUUACAGUACUGAGAUUUAUGAAUAGGCUAAUUGAAGAAAAAUUUCAGCAGAUACAAGGUCUUCCCCAUGAUACUGGCAUUCUUAUUUGUAUAUGUGUGCUUUCCUUUUUUAUUUAUUGUAUUAAAGCAUUCAAAAUGAAUAUAUGUAACAUGUACAUAAAGUAUAAAGCAUAAUAAAAUGAACACCUCUGAAAA